GGCUCAGCCAGGUGCUGGCGGCUCCGUGGCGCUUCCUGCCACGCCGGGCCUGGGCCGCGCCAGCGCCGCUCCGCCGAGGACCCCGCGUUGGCCGCCGCCGGGCCGAGGUGAGCGUGCGGGCCACAAGAGGAUGUGCGCGGAGCCCGGGAGGGUGUGCCGGGCCGGGAUGAGCGCGCGGGCCGCCAGAGGAUGUGCUGGGAGUCGCGGAUGAAUGUGCGGGUCCCGGGUGAUCGUUUGGGCCUCGGGAGGAUGUGCAGAGGACGGCCCAGGAGAGUGUGCAGGACUGGGGCAGGAGUUCCUGUUUUGAAUCCUGACUUGGUCUCUCACCUGGUGCAGGUCAGACCCGUCCCCUCACGUGGACUGAGCUGAGCAUUCAGAAAGCAUCUGGGUGACCCAACCGCCGGGGAUGGGUGAAGACGCCCAGUCGCAGGAGAUGGCGUCCACGAGCCCCCCGACGGCCAGUGAGCGCAGCCCUGAGGUCAAACAGAACGGGGACUCCGAGGGGAGGGGAGGGAGCCCCCAGAAUCUCCCUGUAGAACAUCAUUUUGCAUGUAAAGAGUGUGGGGCUGCCUUUCGGCUUAAGGUCCUCCUCGUGCAGCACCAGCGAAUUCACAGUGAGGCAAAGGGCUGGGAGUGCGGCGAUUGCGGGCAGGUCUUUCGGGGGGUGUCUGAGUUCAACGAGCACCGGCAGAGCCACGUGGCGGCAGAGCCCCGGCCGGGCCCCAGCCGGGCCCUUGACGAGGCCGUGGAGAAGACAGAGCAGCUGGAGAGGGAGGCGAAGCCCUUCGAGUGUGAAGAAUGUGGGAAGAGGUUCAAGAAGAACGCGGGCCUCAGUCAGCAUCUGCGCGUCCACAGCCGGGAGAAGCCCUUUGACUGCGAGGAAUGCGGGCGCUCCUUCAAAGUCCACACCCACCUCUUCCGCCACCAGAAGCUGCACGCUUCGGAGAAGCCCUUUGCCUGCAAGACGUGUAGCAGGGAUUUCCUGGAUCGCCAGGACUUUCUCCAGCACCAGCGGAUGCACACCGGCCACCUGCCCUUCGACUGCGACGACUGCGGCAAGUCCUUCCGAGGGGUCAACGGCCUGGCCGAGCACCAGCGCAUCCACAGCGGGGCCAAGCCCUACGGCUGCCCGCACUGCGGCAAGCUCUUCCGGAGGAGCUCGGAGCUCACCAAGCAUCGGCGGAUCCACACGGGCGAGAAGCCGUACGAGUGCAGCCAGUGCGGGAAGGCCUUCCGCCAGAGCUCCAGCCUCCUGGAGCACCAGCGCAUCCACACCGGGGAGCGGCCGUACGCGUGUGGCGACUGCGGCAAGGCCUUCCGCGGGCCCUCCGACCUCAUCAAACACCGGCGCAUCCACAGCGGACUGAAACCCUACGAGUGCGACCAUUGCGGGAAGGCCUUCCGCCGGAGCUCCGGCCUGAGUCGCCAUCGGAGGACCCACAGCGGAGCAAGACGCUGCGAGUGCAGCGAGUGUGGCCGCGUGUUCAGGAGGCGGUCGGCGCUACAGAAGCAUCAGCCCACCCACCGCGAGUAGGGAAGGCCCGCGGCCCCGCGGGGCCCCGGAGCGGGAGGGCAGAGUCAAAGGAGAUGAACAGUUUUGUAGCGCUUAUAUAUUUUCUCUUCAGAAAGGUUGAAACCGAUUUAUACUGCCACCAGCAAUUUAUAAGUGUUUGUGUUUCCCAUCUCGCCUGUCGGGAGCAGCUUCUCCCAUUUUGAUUGAGUUUCGGCUGGUUCGUCUGGAAUCGAGUACCUUCAAGGUAUUUAAAUGCACAGGCCUUGAACUGGAGAACGGGAGAAGAGAAACCCGCACGUGGGGGUGGAGCUCGGGAUGCUUGGUCCUCUCCUGCAAGCUCCCCCUUCAAGGAAACUGAGACCCAGAGCUGUUCAAUGAUGGUGUCCACAGAAUGUGAUCCCGACUUUCCCCAACAGAAGAUCGAUAGCCCCAAACUUCUUUGGCCUACUUGAAUUUAUAAAUUUUUAGGGCUGUAAAUAGAAUAGUCAAAUGUCUUAUAAUAUUUAAUUUAUUAAUUUAGUUCUACAUACAUAUUCUAAAUCACAUAUUAUAUAGAAUAAUAUAUUAAUUUAGAAAAGAUUCCACUCCAUGAGAUCAUUUUAUCCUAAUUCCCCGUAUGCAUUUCUAACCUCACCGUCUUCACCAACCUCAGAGGCCCUUUGGAGUCAUCAUUGUCAAAGCACACAUCCAGUGACUUCCAUCCAUCCGAGCUAUGUGCCACAUAGCACUGUGACAGUCCCUGCACAAGGCUCUCACUAGAAAUCGCCUCCCAAGCCAUAAGGACAGGUUCAUGUAACAUUAGAAUGAUUGUUGUCGUUUUUUAAUUUACUCUGUAGCUGUACCAUGCAAGCACUUAAGGUUUUCCUUUUUUUAAAUGACCUUUAAAAGGCUCUUUUAAAGCAUCGAAGACUUGUCAUUGUGAGGUCAUACUCUUAAGAAGAAGUACUAAAUCUGAGUUAAAUUUCUUUUGUGUCCUUUUUUCUUAAACCAAUUCAAUCUGGUGACUCCCAGGCCUAUCCAAAACUAGCGUCGACUGGGGUUUGUUUCAGGCCGAUGGGUCUUGUCCUCAAGCAGCACUGUUUUGUUCAAAAUCAGGUAGUUGAGAGAGCGUCCCCGUAAUAACAGGGACGUCGCGAGGACUCAAGCGUAAGGUGACGCCUCCUUUUCGGGAACGCUAGCCUCUCAUGGGGGGCCUAGAUGGUACUUCUCCAGUCCUCCGUUUCCACCUCUGUAAAAUGGGGAUGGUCACAGGACUACCUCCUAAGGUUAUCGCAAAGUCUGCGAUGCCGCGCCUGGCACGGAGGUACGCACUCAGUGAAGUCAUCUGCCGUCAUCACCAUGGUUAUCGCUGUUGUUCUAUGACUCAUUAGUACCCAAACUGAGGAUGGACCCAGGCCUCCUGACUCCUAGUCUCAUCUUCUUUCUCUCACGUGAUGACUUAAAAUACUGUUUCCGUUUUCUUGCAUGCAGGGUACGUUCAUCUCCUUUGACCAGUUACCAAGUUACCUUUGGACAUAUUGACUUUAUACAGCAGUUCUUUCUGUAUCGAUUGUGAUGAUCUCUUUUCCAGUUUUAUUGCUUUGCCUGUUUGUAGCAGUUUUAUUACAUUUUUGUUGUGCAAGCUUUUGAUUUUUUACGUAUCCAAACAGUCAUUGUUGUCAGUUAAGUCUUAACUUCCUUUGCUUCAGUAGUUAGAGAUGAUGACAUUUUCUUCUAGAAUUUGAAUUACAAACGAAGAGCUGAAAACCCUGCCCCACCCGAAGGUGGAUGCUCCAGGUGGGCAGGCUGGAUGGAAAUGGGCCGGAGACACAGGCUCACUCCUCAUCCAAGAUGCAGACUCUGCAUGUCUGUGGGCGGUACUUGACUAUCCAACCUGGCCACUCAGGCACUCGAGAGGAAUUUCCAUCUCGGAUUGGCCAGAACACUCUGGCUCUUCCUCAGUAUAGCCCUAACCUUCAGCGGCAGGGCUGGGCCUCACCCAGAUCAACGGGGUGGUCCGAACUUGGUCUCGGCAGCAGCUGGGAGCCUUGGCCACGCUCAGCGUGGAUUCAGUGCCUGAGCAGCAGAUCCAUCCAAGAGACAUCUAAAACACAAGAAAACUCACCCGACUGACGCUGUCACAUGGAUGGCAUCCUCCUAGCGAGUGAUUCUGGGACUAGAAGGAGGUCGGUUUGGUGGCUUCUGCUUUUGGCAGCUAGGCGGAAAUUCACCCAUGUGUUCGGACGUCACCUCCUGCAGCCACACCUAAGAGGGGCGACAGAGCAAAGGCUCGGAGACGAACCGUGCCCCACUGAUGGCCACCCCAGGCCUGGGCUGUGACUUGUAACAGCCUUGCCCAGGAGGGGCAGUAAAACAAGGGUUUGGAGGGCAACGGUGCCCUUCUGACGACGGCCCACGUGGCAUAAAAGUAGAAGUUGGUCAUCCUGGGGCUGGCCUGUCACCUUCAGCAGCACGGGCUGGCCAGGAACCUGGCUCCUCCAGUGGCCUGCAGGGCCCACAGAUAGAAGCUGGCCUCACCGGGGCUGUAGAGUUGACUUCCCAGCACCUGUGCCUGGGGUAGAGGCUGGGAAGCAGGGUCCCACAGUGACCCUUGUGACCUCAGCCGGAAGGUACUCUGGAAUGGCCCCCAGGCCACGCCAGUGGCUCUCUGUGACGUCUCCAUCCUGACCCCCGGGGCUGGAGAGAAGCUGACAGCACUUGUUGCAUAGUGAUUCUUUCUGCUCUGGGGGCCUCCGUUCUUGCAGUAGUUGUGAAUCUGUGUGUGAAAUCACUACUUCCUUCUCUCAUGAGUUUUCGCUUUUCAAGCUGUUAUGACCUAUUUGCUACAACUGUCAUUUGGUAAGGAAUGUUGGCGUCCACGGCGGGGCAGGUCUGGCACCUUAACCUGGAAGUACCUUGCCGUGUCUUGCCCGGGUUUUAUGAAGGAUCCAGAUGCAGUAUUCACUCAGAACUCAGCGUCGCCGUCACCGCUGCACUUGUCCCCAGCCAGGACACGGCAUCUUGGCAUCCCGUCAUGCCCUCCUUUCCUUUGUUCCAUUCUUGGUUCUCUGAUUUUCUCUCGAACAAACCGUCUGCCAGAGUGAACACGUCUUUUCCGUCACUCUGUUUGCAGGUGAAGUCCGUGCUCCCUCUGUGGCUUUAACGUGUGUCCUGUAGUUGCACCGAGUUCAAGUGUUUGCCUCUGGUCCCUGGGGGGUGGAUUUCCUUGGACUCUCUAGGUCUACUGCUACGUCAGAUGCAAAACGUGAUCAGACUUGCUGUCGUGUGUGCUUGUCUAUGCAUUUGUGUAUCUACCUCAUUUCAUUUUUCUUUCUAAUCACACGUAUUCCUUUUGCAAGGCAAAUGGAGAGCAGGUGGGUUAUAUAGAAUGCUGGCUCUCCUUCGAAAUCGGCCCUUUUCUUAUAUUCUGAAAGAAACCCUCCAUUGCUUUUAUUAAAGUUUUGAAUACUUGCUGACAUUUUCAAAAGAAAGUAACUGUUUACCCCACCCGGUUACGGUGGGCGUCUGUCUCUCUCGCGUGGGGUUGCAUUCCAUUCCACGUGCCUGGGGCUCCAGCCCCAUUGUGCGCCGUGUGGCCCCCACCCCGUCUAGGCCACAUUAAUUCAACCAGAACUGAGCACCUGACUCAAGGGCAGCAACCGGUCCACAGCGCGGGAGACAUGGACCAGACCUUUCGGGUCCUCCAACUGUGAAGUACAAACAAAGAAACUGAGAGAGAAGUUUCUAGUUGGUGCUGGAAGAAAGAGGGAGCCACCUGGGAUUUAGAGGAGUUGUCCCCACGGGCAGCACCGGCUUGAAGAUCUGUGGGCUCCGGCUGGGCACCCCCAGAGCAGCCUCAACCCCAGCACCGCACGGGAGGCCUGACUGGGUUACCUUCUGGGAUCUCUGGCAACUGCCCUCACUGGUCCACUUGUGUCCCUGCCAUAGACUCCCUUGACCUAAGCCAGCUUGAGUGGGUCUCUGCUUUUUGCAGUCUGUCAAGAGCAAUUGCAUCGUCCCGUUUGGCUGCUUCUUGAGAAGAAUCACACGGCUCGCUUUCCUCAUGUCCCACCUGGCCCUCGUUCCUGGCCCAAGGCCCACCUGACCGUCGUAAACUUACCCGUUUUAAAUGUGGUACUGUACUCUGUUUGCUAGGGUGGGUGCAAAUCUAUGCCUCCUAGUCUCAGUGAGUUUGACCACUGCUUUUCUGUCUGGGCACCGUUCCUGUACUGACCCCGUGUUUGCCCCAGGAAAUGACUUUAAGUCACCGCCCACCCUGUUCUUUAUUUUGGAAGUGUCUCGCUACUUGUAGCAAAUCCGUCAGAUUGGGGAAUUGAUCACUUCUGUAUGACUAGUAUACUUAACGUUGUGCAGUUCUCAUUGCAUCAGUUGGGUGUUUAUUUUCAAAAGUAGAAAUGGUCUCUUUAAACAAAAAUGGCCUUCAGCAUUACUUGCAGAUCUGAGAACAGCUAUGUCCUGCCCCAGUUUGUAUUUUGGUUGUUGGCACUAUUUUCUCACUCCUCCCCAGUCUCCUUAACUUGUCUGUUUUAUGGCACUUACUAUAAUCAGCUUUGCACUAGAGCUUCUCCCUCCCCGCCCUCCCUCACCCAUUAGACUGUGAGCUCUUAGAAGACAGGGGUGACCCUUCGUGUCUGAUUCCCCUUCCAGAUCUAGCACAGUGCCUUGCAUCGAGUAGAUUUCAAUAAAUAUAUGUUCAAUGGCAUUGGUCUUCCUUGACUUAUUUCA